CAAUAAACGCCAUGCCUUCUCUCGCAGCAAUUGCGGCGCUGAUCGCAGUCAUUAUCAGCCAGGCCGUGACGGCUUCUCCACUCAUGGAUAUGCUUCUUGAAGUUCCAGAGCUGUCAACAUAUGCUCAUGUAUACAAUAUGACGGGUGGCAUAGUGGAGAUCAACCCACUGUUCACCAAGCGCUUCAACUACGACGAGGACAAACGCAACUACACCUUUCUGGCUCCUACUAACGCCGCCUGGUCUAAGAUCCCUGAUGCCAUCUUCGACAUUCUCAUGACUCAGCAAGCUUAUCCUCUGAUAGAGGCGCUACUGCGCACGCAUAUUGUCGAGGCCGGUCUUACAGCCUCCGAGCUCGUUCACGUUUCAGGGAGUAGCAGCGCCGGAGGAAUCUCUACCUCACUCCAGCUGUCCAAUACAACAGAGCAAUUCCACCGAGGCAUCCUCACCAAGACUGUGCAGGGGUACUAUAUUGAUUCCACUAACUCCACAAAUGGCACGGUCCUGAUCGAAGACCAGGCCGCAAUCGUCAAGGAGGAUAUUGUCGCUGAUAAUGGCUUCAUCCAUGAGAUCGACCAGGUCAUCGACCCUUUCCUCAUCUACGGUGGCGGGCCCAGUAAUCGAACUGCUGCGCCGACGAGCGAGAGGACGAAUUUAACUAUUGCUGAAUUUAUACAAAAUGACUCGCGACUGGUCAAUUCCUCCAAAUUACUCAAUGUGAAUACGCCUGAUACGUUGCGUCGUCUUGCGAAACAGUAUGGCUUCAAACAGUUCUUUGUCGUCCCGCAGAAUCAGGCUUAUGACCUUAUGCCUACGAUUCUUCCCGUGUACCACACUCUAGUCGCGCCGUAUAAGAGCCCAUUCAACACUCUAAUGUGGCAGUAUGGCUGGCUCGACAGUGGCGGCGAGAUAUUUGCCAGUCUACAAUUCAAUGGCUCUGUCUCCGUUGCCAGUGAUGUGACAGGGCUUAAUCUCACCGUCACCCAAGAGAGAGACGCCAUAUUCAUUAUGAACGCUGGUCUCGUCACGCAGGUCGAGGCUGCCAAUGGGUAUCUGUGGAUAGUGGAUCGGUGGUUAGACCCGUUGUAUCAGGCUUUUGGUCUAAUUAACCGAUUUGGCAUACCAGAGUGGCCGUGA